ACGGUACAACACUAUGCGACAUGUCUGACGGUACAACACUAUGCACCAUGUCUGACGGUUGAUAAUGACCGUUGUUGUGAUGAUCAGAUCAAGGCUGUCCAUCACCACUGGAUCCAGAUAGACAGGUGUGUCUAGGAGGCUGUACAACUUAGUCAGGAGGAUUUCCACAAUCAUUUAACAGAUGGGCCUAAAAUAGGCUCUAAUGUCAUGGCUGCACUAUAAUAAACUCCAGCGCUUUGCCCUGCGCUGCAAUCGACGUCCAGAGCGAAUAUUCUCUGAAUACUCCAUCACAAGACGACAGGGAUCCAGGCGGCUAACCAACAGCACGUGGCUGAUUAGAGAGUGACUGUAGGAGCCAUGAUGGGUGGUGCCGUUCCUUGUGAUUCACAAGUUGUGAACAUCACAGAUCAUUCAGAUUCUGCUUUCUAGUCCUUGUCUCCUUUCUUCCGGCUGCUGUCCAGCACUGAGGAGGGGGGCGGGGCCGCGGUGUUAUCUGGAAAACCGGCUCGUUCAAGUUUUCUCUGACUAACAUCUAGUUGUCCCAAUAUGCAACUUCAAAGGAGGAUAGGACUCGAGCUGGAAGGGUUGAAGCAAUAGCAGGCACCAAGUGAGUGAUAAUCCUGCACUGUAAUUUCUUACAAUUGUAGCCUUUCGCCAAAUUGUUAACUUAGACCACGUUGAUAUGUCAGUGAGUGUCGUUUCAUCAUCACCGCAAGAAACACUGUUAUCACCUUUUCGGGGCCGGACGUGCAACUUGUUAAAUUGAAUAAACGGUAAUUCGGUGAAGUUUGUCUCACUUACUGGAGCAACAGUUCAUCAGCUUGGAUCUCGUGAGAUCACGAAAGCCUUAACCCGUGUUCAUCAUUAGUGGUGACCAGUCACGAGGAAAUUUCACGAGCCUGCACCACCGUGUUAUAAACCAGGUCAAGUGACCAGCUGCAUGGUCCUCAUCAGUCAAACUAGACACAGACGUUUACUCGUCAACCAAUCAGAGGAAUAUUCUGGGAACCCCUACAAGUAAACAGCUUCUAAAGGACUGCACUCUGUAAACAGCUUCUAAAGGACUGCACUCUAUAAACAGCUUCUAAAGGACUGCACUCCGUAAACAGCUUCUAACGGACUGCAAAAGGACAGUGGUUGAGAACAGUGCUGAACACAAAGGAGGAGGAGGAGAAGAGAGACAAUAUUUCCUCUCAGGAGAAUGGAGCUGUCUCUGGUUCACCCAGCCCUGAAGGCCUUCAUGUGUGGGUCUCUGAGUGGCACCUGCUCCACCUUGCUGUUCCAGCCUCUAGACCUGCUGAAGACACGCCUGCAGACCCACCCUGGGUCUGCCAGGGUUGGCAUGGUGACGGUGUUGCUGACUGUAGUAAGAACUGAGAAGCUGCUGGGGCUGUGGAAGGGAGUAUCACCUUCGUGCGUGCGCACCAUCCCUGGGGUGGGGGUGUACUUCAGCAGCUACUACUCCCUGAAGCAGCGCUGGCUGGGCCCCCGGCCCCCCGGCCCCCUGGAGGCCCUGCUGCUAGGGGCAGGGGCACGCUGCCUGGCCGGGACCAUCACCCUGCCCCUCACCCUGGUCAAGACCCGCUAUGAGAGCGGCAGGUAUAACUACAGCAGUGUAGCGGGAGCGCUGAGGAGUGUGUGUGUGCUGGAGGGGCCCAGGGCCUUGUUCUCUGGCCUCACAGCCACCCUGCUGAGAGACGCUCCCUUCUCUGGCCUCUACCUGCUGUUCUACACCCAGACCAGGAGGGCCCUGCCUCAGGAGGUGGCGUGCUCCCCCUGUGCCCCCCUGGCGGGGGUCUGCUGUGGGGUGCUGGCGGGGGUCCUGGCCUCCCUGCUCACCCAGCCUGCUGACGUCCUGAAGACGCUGGUCCAGGUCCGGCCACACUCCUCCACCGCCGCCGCCGCACGCCGCCUCUACCUGGAGCAGGGGCUGCCAGGGUUCUUCCGGGGUGGCGUGCCGCGCUGCCUGAGGAGGACCAUGAUCGCUGCCAUGGCCUGGACCGUCUACGAACACAUGAUGUCACACAUGGGCCUGAAGUCCUGAAGAGGAGGGGGGCAGGAGGAGGAGGAGGGGGGGGGACAAGUAGGAGACGUCUGGUUAUGGUGACGAGUUCACUGUUAUCAUGUGACCUACAUCAUGGGACCUACAUCAUGGGACCUAUAGCUGGCACAGCACUGGGAUGUCUAACAUGAGCUGUUCAUUGACCUGCUGUCAUGUUAUAGGGGAGAGACAGCACAGUGGAUACAGCGUAGGACGGCUCUUGACUACAUAGAAAGAGACUGCAGCUUCCAAUACUCCCGUGCUGGACGAUGCUUUGAAGAAAAGCUUCUGUGAAAAGAAAACAUUUUAUUAUCUAUUGUUUUUUUUAUCAUUAUUCAUAUUGAUAUAAUGUAUGCCGUUUGU